AUGACAGCCGCAAAAAGCCCCAAGUCUGUCGUGGAGUUUCUGCACGAAAUUCUUGUGGCCCCCGGUUGGAAUGACAGGAUCUGGCAAGCUGCCUUUUGUUUGGCGUUUUUGUUCUGUUGGAGCAUGACUACUGUGCUUGCAGAGCUGACCCAGGCUUGGACUCUUAGAUUUUUAAGCCUGCACGCCCCUUUGAACCCCCCCCCCCUUCAACCUCACCAGCUCCACCAGCCCUACCAGCCCCAGAGUGCUCCGAGAUCCUUGUUGUGGCAGACAUACCCCCAGUACCCCCAAUACCUCACAGGCGCCGCCCCUCAGGCGUCUGGCCGCACCUCUGGCCACCUCCACCUACGCCACUCUCGCAGUACUAUGCAGAGUCGGCCGCCACAACAGGUCACACCCGAUAAUCAUUUCGACAGCCUGCCUCAGAUGGAGCGAGGAUAA